CACUUUCUUCUCUCAUUCUUCCACAUCCUGGCCCCAAAGAUGGCAUCUCUUUUUCGGUGCAAAUGUUUGGUGUUAUUCACCGAUCUCACAUCACAAACGGGUCUGGCUAAUCAUUUAGGAGUAGACUAUAGCAUGUUGAUUGUUCAUGGCGUUUCAAGGGCUCAAUUGAGAAAGGUUCUUUCAAACGGAGACAUAGAAACCUAUAAUAAAUGCAGAGCUAUGGCAGAGAGAAGUGAAUACCCUCCUUUACGCAUCGUCUACGAUCCCUAUGAAGGGGGUGAAAUCAACGGGUGGGCUGUGGUUGACCCUGCUCGGAAUUUCAUGGACUCGAAAACAAGAAAUUGCUCAGUUGGUACCUGUGAUUUUGUUGGAAAUUAUUAUCAACUAACAGAACAUGCCAGCUGUGUACACCCAGGUGUUAGGCCAACAGAUGUAGACCCUGAACGCGAACUUGAGUGGAGAAGGUUGGAAGAAGAUAUGGUGCAACAAGACCUGCUCAGUAUGCAGUUGGAGUCGGAUCAUGCCGCUGAAGUCAUUGUUGGUAAGCCUGAUCUCCCUCUCCCGAUUUGGGAUUCUGAUUACGCGAUAUUUGUUGGUACUUUAGAAGCAAAUCUUGAAAAUGUUUUAUCUGAGUUUGAUUUGUCUUCUGGCGAUGUCACUCGGAUUUGGCAUCUUUGGUAUAGCAUGCCGGAUAGUUCAUCUUCAGAUGAAUCAGACAGUGAUUUGUGAAUGUAGUAUGUCAAGAGAGAAUGCCCGAACCACAAGAAGCAGAACCCCUACACAUGUCAGACAGAGAUCAAAAAGUUCACCAAGUUCACAUAACCGUCAAGAAUAGGUAACUACAUUGGUUGAGUUCCAUGAGCUUAGCUCAAACCCGCCUUAGCUUUUAUGUUGAUUUCUCUUGGGUUAUUCUGGGCCAGAUAUUGUUUGAAUCCUAUGUUAAUAGUGUCAGAUGUCUUUAGAUCUGUUGCUAGUAUACUGGUACUUUGAUGAUCUGUUUUUGUAUUUUAUUUUGUUUUCUUGGCUGAUUUUCAUUUUGAUUUAAUUGUACAACUUGUAUGGGUUCAUUUUAAA